CACAGUCAAUGAUGUUAUGUUUGGCCGUCGCGUUCAAAUUAACACGGGCCCUUGCUUACUAUCGCCCAGCCUGACCGUGACGCUACAUUUUCUUUUCUUCGUUUUGGAACAAGCACUGGGAGCUGAUUCUAGUCUGAACUAUUCUCAGAUGGGCCGAAUUCGAACUGCCUUAGGAAAACACCGGGGUUGUCGCAUGAAUCUCAAUGUUGUCGUGUGGAUCCUCAGAAUGGGCCAGGCCAUCCGGUACUCUGGCCACCACCAUUGGGUACAAGAUGAUCAAAUGGCCGCAACCGUUUUCCGGCAUUCCUCGAUAUCCUGAC